AUGUUUCGUGAGAAAUUGGUACCAAUUUGGACAGAAAUCGACCUCGAAUCCAAGAUUGUUCAAGUGGAAACGUAUCGUCAAAAUGGUACGCAUUUUAAUCAAAUCGACUCAACUGAACCUUCAAGCAUUUUCGUGGUCUUCAAAACUGAGAGUGAAAAUGACGGAGAAUCCGAAUUCUGGUGGUCAUUAGAAAAGACCGCGAAGCACGCAGUCGUCCUGCAACGUUCCCGAGACAAAAAUGAAGUCAAGAAUAAAUUUAAAGGGGAAAAGCACGAAGGAACUCAACUUAUUGCCGAAAAUUUGGAAGGCAAAGGUUGUAUGAGAGAACUUUUAACAUUAUUGUGGAUUCACAUGAUUGUAGAUGUUAAAUACCAACGGAACUUGUCUCGCUGCGAGUCGAUCAUCCCUUUAAUCAUGAAAAAAAUCACGAAAAUACGUUACGAAUACAAGGAAGAUUUCACUUAUUCCGCUCUGUCAGCUGAAGAAAGAAACGCCGACUUGUCAGAAAUUAUCAAUCUCCUAUUGAAUGUUUCCAACUGGCAUCCGCUUGUCGUUGCAACUUAUUUGGGAGACGCUGAAUUAUUCGACAGAUUAAAGCAAAACGGAAAGUACAACAUCAACGGCGUCUACAACAAUUUCACUCUGCUCAACCUGGCCAUUCUCUUUGAUAAAACUGAAAUGGUGCAACAUCUCCUAGAAAGAUUGAAAGCCGAUCCCACUAAAUGCGACGAAAAAGGAAGGAACGCACUUCACAUGGCGGCAAAAUUCAACAGAGAAAAUAAAAUAAUAGAAUUAUUAUUAAACAAAAUUCCCAUUGACCAAUGCGACGCAACAGGAACGACAGCCCUCCACCACGCAAUUAUGGCAUCCAACACCGAAAUCGUUGAAUAUCUGUUGGAUAACGGCGCAGAUCCAAAAAAGAUGGACCGGAUUGGCCGUUCGCCACUUUGUGUGGCGGCAUCCUACACCACGAACACCAAGAUCGUCGAUUUCUUACUUCAGAAAGAGGAAAGAGUUGGCAUUAACGAUUGCGACAAAUUUGGCGUGACUGCCCUCCAUCAUGCCGCCAGGGUGUCAAACAGCAAAAUGGCAAGUCACCUGUUGGCGAGGGGCGCCAACAUCAACUGCCGUGACAAGGAAGGUCUGACUCCACUUCACGUGGCUGCAUUCUUUGCAAAGGACAUGGAAUUGAUCGACUUGUUUCUCAACGAUAAAAAGGUUAAUUUACGUGAUCGCGACGAAUUUGGGCAAAAUUUUAUCGCCUACGCAGACAAAAACACGUACGGAUUGCGUCAAGAAAUUAUCGAUCGCGUCAAAGAAAAAGACGACCGAGUAAUCAAAGAAUACAACGUACUGAAAUUAACCAAGUCUGAAAUACAUAUCCCCUUCCGGCACAGUUUGAUUUGGGAUCUACACGAUGCCUUUAGUAAUGCCGGCAAAUGGCAUGAUUUCAUUCAGCCCUUUGCAGCUGUCAUCGCUUCAGUAGUGACUAAAAGGAAAUGGAAACUGUUCUACGUCCCUUUUGCCGACCUCAAACCCGGAAAGGGCAGCAAAAUAUCCGAAUCUGCGUUGGUUCGGUAUAUUGCCGACAGAAGAAAUAUUGCCAAGUCUGUUGAAAUAUCUAAUGCAACGAAACUCGAGACCUGUGACAACAUUUUCGACGACCUCGAUCCCUGUUCUCAAAUCACGCAAAUCCAAAUUUACGAAGUGAGCAACCAUUCGGUGCUGAAUUUAACGAGAAAUCGUUGCAUCGUCGUUUUCAAGACGACUAGCAAAAAGGACGGAGAACACUGGUGGUCCUUGGAUAGGAAAGCGGAUUACAUCGUCCUGCAACGAUCCCGCUCCUUGGACGCAGUCAUCAACAACUCUAAAGGCAAAGCGCGAAAGGAUCUCAAAUUCAGCAUUGAAAACUUGAUAGAAAAAGGUUCGAUCAAGAAACUUUUAACAAUCCUUUGGAUCCAUCAAGUCAUGGAAGAAUUAAACCUAAACAAAAGUUCAAACAGUCAAUCCUUCGUCAAUUUCGUUAGAAAACCAAGCAAUGAAAUAGAAUACGAGAGUAAUUUAGCUCAUCAAAGUGACGGGAACCCCGUAACGUUGGAUUUAAUCAGCACUCUUGCAUCAGGCAUAUGCAAAUGGCAUCCGUUAUAUCUUCCCAUUCAUUUAGGAAAUACCAAUCUGUAUGAUAGAAUCAGCGAAAUGACAAAAUUUAAUCAUUUCAAUGACGAAAUCAGCAUGCUAAACUUGGCGAUUACAUUUCGUAAUAAAACGGGAAUGGUUCGACACAUUUUAGAAAAACACAAUGCCGAUCCCACGAUUCGCGAUGUGUCAAGGAGGAACGCACUUGAAACGGCCGCCAUACACACAGAUGACACGGAGUUAUUAGAUUUACUCUUAAAACACGAAAACGUGAAGAUCGACGGAUGCGACGAAUGUGGGAGAACUGCCCUUCAUUUCGCCACCCCUUCAUCAAAUGUCGUUGCUGCCAGACAUUUGAUCAAAAGGGGAGCAACACCAAACCUGACAGACAGCGACGGCCAUUCUCCCCUUCAUUUGGCAGCGGAAAUUUCAAACACGGAGAUGAUCAAUUUACUUUUGGAAGCUCAAAAACAAAGUCAAGGCGACGAUGGGAUCGAAAGUUUAGAUAACUGCGUUGGAAUAACUGCUCUCCAUUGUGCCGCCAUCGCAUCGAAUGAAUUUCCAUUAAAACACUUGAUCAAAAGGUGGGCAGACCCCAACAGAAAAGAAAAAUUUGGUCGCACGCCAUUUCAUUUCGCAGAAUACUACGCCAACGAUAUCAACAUCGUCGAUGUUUUACUGAACGGCAAGCUAUUCGACGUUAGUGCAGCAAGAAUGGAUAGCGAUGGCACCGAAAGAAAAACACAAUUAGAUGACCCACAUUGUACAACACUAAAACCCAGGGGAUCGCUAAACAAAUUCAGUGCAGAUUCAGUUACAUCGUUCGAAGAUUUUUUCUUUUAUUUUCUGUAUUCCUCUCCUUUCUCCAAAACGUCUUCAUUAACACACAUCCUACUGAUACUACUACCACUGGUCUCCCUAAGGCUAUUAUGCUACUUUCUAGUCGUAUUGAGUAGUAUUAAAUAUCCCUACGAUUUCCACUAA